AUGACUUUUUCUUUCGACCUAGCCGUCAUCCUCCAGCAGGGUAAAAGAAUAAUGAAGAGGAGAUCCGAGGAAAGAAGACGACGACGACCAAGAGACAUACGCAACUGCCACGAACCGACGCCGGAGAUUCCUAUCGAUCUCUUGAUAGAGAUUCUAACAAGACUUUCAGCUAAAUCCCUUAUGAAGUUCAAAUCCAUCUCAAAGCUCUGGUCAUCCUUGAUAUGUUCCCGAAGUUUCACCAACAGUUUCCUAAGGGUUACAUCAUCCUCUCCUCGUCUAUACAUGAGUUUAGGCUUCUUUGGCAAAUGCCACCUUAAAAAUAUGUUACUAUCAUCGUCUCUUGAUUCGGACUGUACCACUACGUCUUCCUUUGAUGCCGACCAAGACUUGACCGUCCCAGCAAUGAGAGGCUACGUCUCUAACGUUUUCCGCGGCUUGUUAUGCUUUAUAAAUGGGCCAAGUGUGCAAAUAUAUAACACUACCACUAGGCAACUUGUAGUCUUACCCGACAUAGAAGAAUCCAAUAUCAUACAUGAAGCUCAGACUAUCAUGUGCCAUAUGGGACACGAUCCUGUUCAUGAUCAAUAUAAAGUGGUUUGCAUAGCUGCAAGAACAAGUCACGAAGUUGGUCUGUACACGGUCCUGUCAGAGCAUUGGGUCUUUUUACUAGGAGGAGAUGGAACAACUCGAUGGGAAAAGAUAUCAUGCGGAUGUCCACCACAUGUUCCUUUAAAACAGGUAUUGAAUAUCAAUGGUCGUAUGCAUUACCUCGCUCUGGCUCAUAUGGAUCUUGUGCUAGUGAUUUUCGAUAUUAACUCUGAAGAAAUUAGUGUACGCCAAGUACCUGAAGGUAUCUUGUGGCGUGAUGAUACUGGUCUUAUAGAAUACGGUGGAAGUGUAGCUCUUUUACAUUAUCCCAAUCUUGAAACACAAGGUGUGAUAGAACUAUGGGUUAUGGGAGAUGAAGAGAAUAAUAUGUGGAGGAGUAAGACUUUGGUGUUGCAUUCUUUUCAAAUGCACAUGGUCAAUAGGAUUGGUCGUCUAAGGGUCCAUGGUACAACACGAAAAGGUGAGGUUAUCUUGGAACCUAUAGAUCAAAAGCUUUUCUACAUUUUCCUAUACGACAUACAAUAUAAUUAUAUGAGAACAAUCGAAAUCAAAAACACACCAGACGGCCAUCGUCUUACCAAACAUUGGGGUGUCGUUGGGUGGGAUGAUGUUGAGAACUUAAUCUAUCUUUAA